UUUCUCUCUGAAUAUUUCCUUGGGCCCCUUUUUCAUUUUUCCCACCAUCUAUAAUUAAGCCUUCAACAAGCAGCAACUGCCCACACCGCUCUUCCAUAUUUAUUUCUUUACGACCAAACCUUGAUUUUUUUCUCCAUAUCCAAAAUUCGGUAUAAUGGCGCAACAGCUCGACGAUGCUGAGUUCUGGCUUCCCUCCGAGUUUCUAACGGACGAUGAUUUGCUCAUGGACUUCAAGACUGAGAAGAGAGGCGACGCGUUUUGCAACUCGGAUCUGAGUUCACCCGGCUCCGAGAGCGACGAAGACGAUUUCGCCCCCGGGUUAGCUCGUAAGAUAGCUCACACCCCCAAUUUCUCCACCGACCACGCUUCCAAGGGCUGGAAGCUGUCCGGGUCGCCGCAAUCCACUCUCUGCGGGUUCAAACCCGGGUCAAGCCAGAGCAGUCCGAAUAGCGCGUCGAGGGUUUCUUCGCCGCCGGUGCCGAAGGAAAACAUUGGCUGGGAUUUGCUGUGUGCUGCUGCAGGGGAAGUUCAGAGGAUGCGGAUGACUGAAGAAACGGCGCCGUUCCACUCCAACAAACCCUUCGCCGCCACCGUCCCUGUCAAAACGCCUCCGGCACCUGCUUACUACCCCAGCCAGGCUCAUAUCGCUUUCCUCCAGUUGCAGGCGUCUCAUUUUCAACGGAUGAAGCAGCAGCACAUGUUUAAAAAUGGCGUGUGGGGCCAGCAACAGCAGGGGAAAGUGGAAUACCAUCAAUUUCAGAACAAAAACGGAAAAAUCGACGGAGAAUUGGGGAUAAAUCCACCCCAACGUUUAUCGAUGGCGUGUUGGCCUACUCUGCAGCAGUCUCAGCAGCAGCAACCCGGUUCAGGAAUGAGGGCGGUUUUUCUCGGAGAAACCGGCGCUAAAAAGGAACGAACCGGAACCGGAGUUUUUUUGCCCCGGAGAUUUGGAACUGCCCCCGCCGAAAAUCGCAAUAAACCAGUUUGCUCGACUGUAUUGUUACCAGACAGAGUUGUUCACGCAUUAAACUUGAAUCUGGAUGGCGGUUUGAAGGAAAGAAACAACAAUGCUCUCUUCUCACAGCAGAGGAGAAGCCCGCCCGCCGCCGCCCCAACGAGGAGUCAAGAACUCAGGCUUCCACAAGAGUGGACAUAUUAAAGCUUGCAUCUUUAAUUUUGAAGUGAUUUGAUUGAAUUUUUCCAAGUUUGCUAGGACAAGGAAUAUGGGUAUACUAGUGUUUUUUGUGACAGAUGGAUUAGUGGCUAGUGUUAUAGGAUAGUGAAUUAUUACUUAUGAUUAAAGGGAUUAGCAGGAAAUGUUGUUUAUUUAAUUCUAUUUUAGGUUAUAAAGCUACACAAGGGAAGAAGAAAUAAACUCGUCAGAAGAAGAGAGGGUUUUCUUUUGUUGGGCUCGAGGUACAAGAAAGUUGAAGAUGACAGCUUCUUUUGGUUGUUGCUUUUGUUUGAGAUUAGAAGAUUAUGAUUAAUAAUAAAGGAAGGGAUGUACCAGUAGGUUAUUAAUUAAUUAUUUUAAUUAUAGUAGUGAAUGCCUCUAAAAUUGUGGAGGGUUUUUGAUCUGUGGAGUUGGAGUUUCGUUUUGGGUGAAACUCCGGCCUGUUUUUUUUUUUUAAAUUCUAUUGUAUUUUUGUUUUAAAUUAAUGAUGGUUUGUUUAUUAGUGAAUGCCCAUUUGCAUU